AUGAAACUAUUGACACUUCUUUACUCAAUCAUUUUACUAGGAUUCUCCUUAGCUGAAAAUGACGAGGAGAAUUCUGAGCCACUUCCUCCACCUCUAACUGCUGAGAAUUUUGAAGAAACACUCAAAACUGGUUUACAUAUCGUUGAGUUUUUUAGUCCUUAUUGCUCGCAUUGUAAGCAGUUGGCUCCAAUCUGGAAGGAUACUUGGAACGCAUUUCACAAGGAAGGGGAAAGUUUAAACAUUACUUUUUCACAAGUUGACUGCAUUGCUAGUGGUGAUCUCUGCUCAAAAGAAGAAAUCACUUCUUAUCCUACUAUAAAACUUUACAGCAAAAAUGGCUUUAUUAAAGACUAUCCAGACGAGCAUGGUUACGAAAGGACCAAAGAAGAUUUCAUUAAAUUUGCUCGUGAAUCUGUUUUCGAGAAUCCUGAUUUUGAUGUUUUGCAGUUAGAAGGUGAUAGUGAAUAUAUAACUAAUUUGGAAAUGAUUAGUUUACUAUCUGGUUUGGAAGAUUUGCCCUAUCUAGUUUCAUUCUGGCCAACCCACAAACUAAAGAAGAUGACAGACGAAGUAGAAUAUAAAUAUUGUAAGGAUUGUGAACCUUUCCAAGAAACUUGGAUGAAAAUUACUAAAGAACUUUUACCAAAGGGUAUUUUAACCGCUCAUUUUAAUUGUGAGGAAUAUCCAAAAAUUUGUUCUGAAAUUGGUUUCCCAGAGCUCGCAGAAGUUCCAGAAAUUCCUGCAGGUAGAGGUCCAAGAAUUGCAUUAUUUUUGCCAGAUAAAGACCAUAAUAACCUAUUUGUUUAUCGUAAAAAGUUCACUCAUGUGGUUGAAGAUUAUGUAGAUUUCGCUAUACGAACUUAUAAAAAUAGUAUGCUUCCAACUUUUUCACCUUCAAGAAUAUUUGAAAUCAUAUCUAAAGAUAAUAAACUAGAACACAAUGGUGCAACCAAUAAUAAAGUACAUGUUGUAUUUGCCUAUAAUAAAGAAACUGUCGUUGAUGAAGAUUUCCAUAUAUUAGAAUACUUAAUCGAACCGCUGUCUCUAAUUCCGAACCUUUAUUUGUAUAAAACAGAAGAUGAUUUAAUGUUUGCUAGUCGUGAAGGUUUCCGUGCAUUUUAUAAUAAUUUAGAAACUGAUAUGGAGGGAAAUAAGAUUGAGCCUAACGAAGAAUAUUUCAUGAUGGCAUCCAUGACUCAAUAUCCUACAUUUUAUUUGUUUAGAGAAGGAGAUAGGAUUCCACACGUUUACCAUGGAUAUUCUUCAACAGAAAUGAGAGAUUAUAAUCAAAUUAUGCAUUGGGUUUAUGGAAACUCAUACCCUUAUGUGGAAGAAAUAGACUACAGGAGGUUUGAAGAGAAGAUGAAUUUUAGAAAUGAUGAAUAUAGUUACAUGUUACUUCAGUUUGUUGAUAUGUCAAAUGAUGAAAAAUUAAGAGAAAGCUCAGAGAAUCUUAAUAAUCUUGUAAAAGCAUCAUUAAAUCAUGAAGCUAAAAGAAUCGAAGCUAUUAUGAAAGAAAUUGAUCGGAAGAGAGAUAAAAAAGUUCAUUUAGUUCAAAAAUUGAAAGAUCAAAAUGCGGAAAUAAAAAAAAUAAAUGCUGUCAGAAAUAGUGAAAUUACUCAUGAGAAUAAUAAAAAAACGUUGAUAACAUAUAUUGACCUUUCCAAACAUGAUUAUUUCACGAUCAAUACUGGUCUAGACAGAACUAAUCACCAGUUUGAAAUUGGUGAUGUUGUCAUACUUGAUAAGAAAAGACGUAAAUAUUAUACUCUGGAUAUUACUGGUGAGCAACUAACGAGUAAAAAUAAAGAUAUGGUCGAAAAGACAUUGACAGCUUUAAACUUACCAAAAAUGACUGAGUUUAAACUACUUGAUAAAGGACAUUAUCUAAAAUCGAACGUAAAUUAUGACAUAAAUUACUUUCUUUCUAUUCCUCACAUCCAUUGGUAUAUCGCAUGUGUUGCAUUUGUGGUAAUUACAGUUUAUUUCAAAAAUAAAUCCACAGUUGUAAAAAGAUAUUCACGUGGUCGCUAUUCUAAUUUGAAUCAAGCUCCACCAUCUCCACGUAAGGGCGAAUUCCAAGACUAA